GACGGAGAGUUGUGGAGUUCGCCUCUGUUCCAAAUCUCGGUACUGGCCUCUUUCUUCAUUCUUUCUUCAUUUUCAAUAGCGUCCACGACUUCAUCAAGGUGACGAGAGGCGGAGGCACGUUCAUCAUUAAAAACGAAGACCUAUAAUCGCUACCCAAGGCUCUAGACCUGGUACUCGUACUCAAUAUUGGACCAUUUCCUCUCCGAUAGCCCACAUGAGAUCGGUGAGAUCAAUGGCCAAUGAUGGAUGAAGAGGACCUUUUAUAAUGCAUAUGGUGCUCUCCGUCUAUUGGAGGACUCUCCGUUAUCAGAACAGCAACUCCAACUAAAGAUAUCGAUAAGGUAUCCGAGCAAAAGCAUAAUAGGUGCCAGACAGACCGAUUAGUGGAUCAAAUCCUUCCUGUAUGCAAAGUUCCUGUACACGACGCAACAGUGGUUUUAUCGGAUGGGCACAAAGUGGUCGAUGCAGCACGAUGGACGAUCACGACAUGAGCUUCUGAUGGAGACAACCUGGUGGUUCGCUGUGAUUUGACAAGUUCAUGUUUGACAUCUCUGUAUUUAUCACAAGGUACUUGUACCUUAUUGCGUCCAGACUCUCCUAGUAAAUUCUGUGAGGCGAGGACAGACUGAGUAGGGGGCGUUAUUGUUGUCAACUGAGGUACGUUCUAAUGAUGAUCAUGCAUGGAUCAUGGCAGACAUUUGGGUUGCCGUUGGAUAGUAGAGAUGAUCUUUCCCUCUACUUUGGGGAUUUUUAACGGUCUCCUUUUUGACAAUGACAGAAUAUAUUCAUUGGCGUUUCGUAUCUUUGACGUUAAAGCGUCUGGGCCUGAUAUUUUGCAGGCAGUGUCGAACUGUCUCAAAGCGCCUGAAUCUCGAGCCGGGGGCUGGGCUGCGGCUUUGUUUCAACCUGGAAUAUCGGGGUGCAGGGCAGAUGGGUCCAGCGGUGAGGUGCGGUUGGAAAAUCCGUCAAACCUAGGAGUGGGCUGCGACUCCUUCCUCACACCCCCCUCACGAUCUCACUAUCUCGCCAUAUCGCGUCGUUCUUCCACCAAAGUCUUGGCAAUUAAGUCUUAAACGUCCAAGUCUGCCUCGAGGUUCAAGUUGACGGAGGGUUUGACAAAUCUGUCAGGGAAAUGAGGAGGAGUUAGAGAAUAGGGGUAAGGGACGCUAGACAUUUAUGUAUGGUAACUGUGUACGCAAAGUAGUACCACGUUGAUCAGUCAUGAUUGAGAAGGACAUGUCAGUGGGCGAUAUUUUUUGAAUUGUGUU